CGCCUGGACUGUACAGUGUUUUGUUUUGUGACGCGUCGGUAACAAUGAAAAGAGAGAUGCUCCUCAACUGUUUAAACAUGUCAAGCUAAUAGAUGACUACAGAUGGUUUUGAUGUAGAAUUUAGAUGUCAUAGUGUAGAUUUUAAUAGCCUCGGACCAUUAUGUUGCCUUGGAAGAAGAGCAAGUUUGAGCUGAUAGAGGAAGAGAAGCUGCCGUCCAAGCAGAAGGGUUAUGCCGUCAGUCUCAACUACUCGGCGCUCACUUCGUUCGCCAAAUCCUGCCCGGAGAGCGCGCUCAACCGAGUCGGCAGCAUGUUCAAAUCCAAGAGGAAAAAGGUGAGAAUCACCAGCGAGGACCCCACGUACACGGUUCUGUACCUGGGCAACGCCACCACCAUCCAGUCCAAGGGGGAGGGAUGCACGGACGUGGCCGUCAGCAAGAUCUGGGGCAAGAGCGAGAUGGGCAAGAACGGCACCAAGAUGAAGCUCACCAUCAGCUCGCACGGGAUCCGGAUGGUGCACGUGGACGAGAAGGCAAAGCGACCGGGACAUUUGUAUUUAUUGCACCGAAUCACAUACUGCGUCGCAGACCCGCGGCUCCCCAAGAUCUUCGCCUGGGUCUACCGGCACGAGAUGAAGCACAAGGCGGUGAUGCUGCGCUGCCACGCCGUGCUGGUGUCCAAGCCGGAGAAGGCGAAGGCCAUGGCGCUGCUCCUGUACCAGACCUCGGCGACAGCUCUGGCGGAGUUCAAGCGGCUCAAGAGAAGGGACGACGCCAGGCACCAGCAGCAGCAGCUGAUCGGGGAGCAGACGAUCCCUCUGGUGCCCCUGAGGAAGCUGCUCAACGGACAGUGCUGCUACAAGCCGCCGGUGGAGCGCAGCAGGAGCGCACCCAAACUGGGCUCCAUCACGGAGGACUCGGUCGGAGAGGAAGAGGAGGAGAAAGCGACGCACUUCGAGUGCGAGGAUAUUCUGGACACGGACGACGACUGCGUGGCCAACGGCAAGCAGCAACAACAACUGUGCCAGAUUAUCAACGAUUUGGGCUGCAUGAGUAUCGGGAACGACGUGCAGACGCUGAAGGCUGACCUGAGGGUGACUCGCCUGCUGUCCGGGGAGAGCACUGGCAGCGAGUCCUCCAUAGACAGCAACCAAGAGCCUGUGUGUGUCCCCAAUGGCAUACUGGAUGGAAAAAUGCAGGAGGUCUGCUGACUUGCCCUUAAUAAACACUUUUGAAAGCGCACUGGAUUCAAAACCCAGACAGCAAACAACCUAGACAUCAUUUUGACCCUUAGUUAUGCUGCUCACUGGGUUUUGGGUGCAACUGACUCCUCAAGCCCCAAAAAGCUGUCUAGGAAGGCAUGGAGACCAUUCUUUAAUCCCUCAUCAGCAGGAGUCUGGAAGGAAGCACUGCAAUAAGAGGAGGUUUUAGGAAAGAUCUUGUUUACCUAAUACGUUUCCCUCAAGGAAAUGCUUUUUAACAAGAAAAGCAUCAUUCUUGAAAUGUGUACACUGCUAAAAAAAAUAAUAAUAAUUGUAUUAAUUAGUAUUCUUGUCUUGUUUUCCAGCAAAAAUAUCCAAAUAUUCUUAAAACAAGAUACAUUUACUUGACAAGCGAAAUGGCAUAUGUCAAAUUAAUCUUGUUUAAAGAAUGUUUAGAUAUAUUUGCUGGAAAACAGGACAAAUAUACUAAUUAAGAAAAUGAUUUUUUUAUUUUGCAGUGUAACUUUCUUUGGGAAGAAGUGUCUAAAUCUACUGAAUGUGUAUUUUCUUCUCUAGGAUGAUAUUAUUUAUGUGCAUAAUAUUGUUUUCCUAUAAAUGUUUAUACAAACAUGUUUUAUCUUUGCUGUGCAAAAGAGAAAAUAUCCUGAUGUACAGAGAUGUUAAAUAUUAAAUGCAUAAUGUGUAAACAAAAUGCAUUAUUUUUUAAAGAAGGUGGUUGUUUGUUUCUGUGAUCACCAAUAAAAAUAUCACAAUGUC